UGAUUAGCUCUGGCUGUUGUGCUGAGAUUAUGCAAAAAUGGCAGGCCACAAGGGAGAACAUCGUGACGAAUACGAUUCAGUACAUUAAGAGCCUUGAGAAAGAGAUUGAGAGAUUGGAGAGCCUGAAGAAUUCGCCUUCGCCUCCGCCGCAAUCACCAUGCCCAGCGAGACCCGCGUUAACUCAUUACGCCAAUCGGAGCUCCUCCGUCAACGUCACAUUUUCCGGCGGAAGAAGCGUGGCGUUCUUCGGCAUUCAGGUGGCCGCUCGCCGGCGUGUGGUGUCCGAAAUCCUCAGAGUGUUCGGGAAGCACGAGGCCGAGGUGUUAGCGGCCGCGGUUUCAAGCCGCGACGAAGGGCAGCAGCAACGGCGGUUGGAGUUGACUGUCACGGCGGUGCUCGGCGGCGAUGCAGACAAGGGCGAGAGGAUCAAGUGUACAGGCAGCCAUGCCAUAUUCAAUCAGAUGGGUAUAUAUGAACUCCAAAGAAUUGGAAGCAGAAUGGCUGGCAAAUGAUGGAUUCGCGUAUAAAGAAUGGAAACAAGAAACUGGUUGAAGAAGCGGCGGUUAGGAACAUUAAUU